AAAAACAAUUUAUUUAAAAAACUAAAAACCAGAAAUAAUGAAAUUCUUAGCUGUUUUAUUACUUGCUUUAUUAGCCAUUGCCUCAGCUUCAGCAAACUAUCAAUGUGGUCGUUUCGCUUGUUUACCAGGUCAUUCAUGUAUUUGUGACAAAGGUGUUUUCAGAUGUGUUUAUGAAUGCAAUGAUCUCCAAAUCGUUCAAACUGUUGUUAACAGAUGGACUGAUGGUGCUGAAGGUCCAAGCGUUCAAGUUCAAGUCCAAAUCAUCAAUCAUUCAGGUGUUUCAAUUAAAGAUCUUGUUAUGGCAUCAGCAGUCAGAUUAAAUGCCAAUCAAAUCUGGGGUGUUGACAAAUGUACUUUCUCCAAUGGUAUCACUGUUAUGGAUUUACCAAACUACCAAAAUGGUAUUGCCAAUGGUUCAAGCUACACAUUUGGAUAUGUUGCCAAAGGUGACCAAGCUGCUCACUUAUAUGUUCAAAAUGUUUACCUUAUGUAAAUGAUUUUUAAAAACUAAAAAAAGAAAUAAAUAAAAUUAAUAUUUAUAACCCC